AUGGCAGGAGGGCACGGAGACGGCGUCAAUUUCAAGGGCUUAACUGUGCACAAGCCAAAGCGGUGGCAUACAGUCACUGGGAAGGGCUUGUGUGCUGUCAUGUGGUUUUGGGUUUUGUACAGGGCUAAGCAAGAUGGUCCUGUAGUAUUGGGCUGGCGACAUCCGUGGGAGGGCCACGAUGACCACGGCCAUGGGAGUGGACACUAG